AUGGCGAUUACUAUCUUUUUUAUCGCCACUAGCCUCCCUGACCGCCUUGCCUCAGUCCGUGACACGCUUCUUCUGAAGCACCCUAGUGAGCUCACUAUCGAGGUCCUUGAGUCUGUGCUCAAGGACGUCGAGAGCAACCUUCGCUCCGUAGCCUCCGCCUUUGGUGCUGUGCCCCCUCCACUGUUCCACGGGUGCACUGUCCCUCAGCUGCCCACCUUCACAGCCUCUCUCGCCACUGCUGCUAUUGACGUGACCGCAGCUGCUGUUACAACUUCUUCACAGUCUCGAGGUAGAGGUGGCAAGAGGGGCGGUCAGGGUACAGGUGGCGGCGGCGGUGGAGGCGUUGGCGGCGGAGGUGGCGGGGGUGGCGUGCCGACUGGUGGCAGCGGGAGUGCAGGGCAUGGAGAGGCGUCUCAUGCAGCGGCUGGUGACUCCGCUACUGCAACUGACACUGCUCGCUACACUACUACUCUUCCGUGCCCUGCUGUUCCCUCUGGGUCUCUGACUGGCUUCCACAUCCCCUCGUUCUCGCGGAACUUGGUGGGCGUGAGGCCUCUUGUGAGUCAGCACGUGGGUGUGUGGAUUGAGCCCUCUGGCGAGACGGCGGUAGCUGUGUCUGGUCAGGUUCCCGUGUCUUGUCCAGUUGCUGCGUCAUGCUCCUGCCGGUUACUUGCCCACCCCACCGUUCUGUGGCACCACCGGAUGGGGCACCCGUCUCUCCCUCGUCUGCGCACUAUGUCUCGUCAGCGUCUUGUCUUAGGCCUCCCACGUGUCUUGCCAUCGCUGCAGCCUUCGCUUGCACCACCGUGCGGUCCCUGCGUCGAGGGUAGGCUGCGCGCCACCCCUCACUCCUCCUCCCUUCGUCCGGCCACCGAGCCUUUUGAGACGUUCCACUUGGACGUUUGGGGCCCCGACUCUCGCCUUGGCCCUGAGCGUGAGCGUUUCUUUCUGGUGGUCGUUGACGACUACUCCCGCUACACCACAGUGUUCCCCCUUGCGAAGAAGUCUGAGGUGAAUUCUACGCUAAUAAGGUACGCCGCUCAUGAGCUGAACCUCUGGCCACGUGUCUCUCGGCUAGAGGUUUCACUGACUAGUCUUUGGACCGGGUCCCCUGGUGUUGUGUCGCGGUUUCGUGUCUGGGGCUGCUUGGCUCUUGUUCGCGACACCUCCGCGGACAAGAUCUUGCCUCGCGCCGUUCCUUGUGUCUUCCUUGGUUUCCCAGAGGACUCCUCUGACUUCACCUUUUACCACCCUCCCCUUCACCGGUUCUUUGACUCCCGUGACGUCAGUUUCGACGAGUCCGUCCCCUACUACGUCAGGUACAGCCUCCUUCCCCGCAGUCCUCCUCGCAACCUGCGGUAG